AUUCGGUGUAUUUACGUUCGGGUGUUCGUCAGAGCGACUCCAUUGGUUUAUGGAAGCUGUGGGAGGCCGCUCAGCCACAAGACUCAAUAUAUGAAGUAGCGGCACAUCUAUCUGUCUGCAGAUUUUUCUCCAGAAGACUUUCCGUCUUUGUUUAGUCGUGUCGGCUGCGUGAACUUUCAUCGGGUCGAUUUCCCACCGGAGAGGACUGAUGCGUUUCCAUAAUAUGUCGACUAACUUAUUAUUGGUCCCAAUACCGGAAUCAGGCGACAAUGUAACGACCAGGGACACCAAGAUCGCGGUUUUGGGAUCGAGCACUGUUGGGAAAACAGCCUUGAUCGUUCGGUUUUUAACCAAGAGGUUUAUUGGUGAUUAUGAAUCAAACACAGGAAAUCUUUAUUCAAGAUUGGUUCUAAUUGAAGGGGAACAGCUUUCACUACAAGUCCAAGACACACCUUGUAUCCAGGUUCAAGGAGAAUGUGCACAUUUUCCUGAAUUGGUCUCCAGAUGUAUUCACUGGGCAGAGGGCUUCAUCUUGGUAUAUUCAAUAACAGACUACAGCAGCUACAAACUGAUUCGACCCUUGUAUCAGCAUAUUCGCAAAAUGCACCCUGAUACCAAAGUUCCUGUGAUCAUUGUUGCUAACAAGAGUGAUUUACUUCACGCCAGACAAGUCCAGACCAAUGAUGGAAUCCAAUUAGCAAAUGAACUUGGUACAACAUUCUUAGAAAUCUCCACCCGAGAAAACUAUGGGGAUGUAUAUGAUGUUUUUCAACAUAUUCACAGAGAAGUUAGCAAGCUACAUAUGAACAAUAAUGUAGAAAAAAGAAGAGGAUCGAUUAUUCCACGACCAAAGUCCCCAAACAUGCAAGACUUAAAACGACGCUUCAAACAGGCUUUGUCAUCCAAAGUAAAAUCUAGUGCUACUUUAUGAAAUUGAUUUUGAAAUUAUUUAAUUCUGUAGAUAACAAACAGAACUGAUUUAUAUGUUUAGUGUUUGUUAGCGGUGCCUCACUUAUCCAGAAAGAUUACAAAAAUGUCUUUAAUAGAUGUUUGGGUAUGUCGAUUUGUGUGGCAAUGAAUAUUGAGCAGGGUUCAGUCGUACUUCCUACGUAUGACAAUUUUCUUGUCAAUUAUGGCCAUUUUUUAAAUGUCCUGUUGAAAAAAUUUCAUUGCAUAGUUGUCAAUUUAAUCUUGAAGCAAAUUAUAAAAUCAGAAGGAACUUCUGCAAAAAAUGCAGAGGUGGACUUUGGUGAACAACAAAGUCAACGUGAAGAUUAAUAGCAGACAAGGACUGCAGAAGUGUGGAGUGUAAUUAAAUCUGGUUAUUCAGAGACUCUUUGACAGGCACAAAGAGGCAGCAUUAUGAGCUAGUCACUGGGAUUCUAAAACUUGUGAAUUUGGUUUGAUUAUCAACUCUAGUUUGAAAUAUUAUGUCGAUCAUGCUUCGUGAAUUUGUAAUCCCGGCAGUCUAAUUACUGGAAAGAGUACUUUUUAAUGUAUUUUGUAUCAACAAUAAUUAGUUAUUCUUGUGAACAAACAAAUGUGACUAUUUCUACAUUCAUAUAAAUUGUUUAUAUGGUUUCCAGAGUUAUUCUUGUACUUUUAGUAAGUAAAUUGGCAUUUCCAGAAUCCACAAGGGCUACUGUUAUUUUUUUUGUCUGAAGAGAAUAAAGUUUCCAUUUUAUAUUUCAUUUAGUUACAAGACCAAAGAAAGUACAUUGAGUUCCUGUGCAUUUCCAGUAAUUUAUUUAGAGCCCUAAAGCAUGGAAGCAGCCCUUUGGCCCAUCUAUUAAGUACUCAUCUAUACUAGGAAUCAGCUUGUAGCAUUCUAUACCAUGGCAUCUCAAGAGCUCCCCUGAAUAUUUUGACCACCCCAUCAGUUCCUGAUUUCAAUCAUCUUCUUGGUUGGAAAAGUUCUUCUUCAAAUCUCUUUGAAUCAGCUAUCCCUUAUCCUAAACCUAUGCUCUUUGGUCAUAGAUGUCUCUGUUAAGGGAUGUGAAAUUCAGGACUGCAGCACUAUUCUGCAUUCUGUUUUUGUUCUCAUUUGUACUACCUCAAUGAUGUGAUGAAAUGAUCAGUAUGGAUGGCAUGAAAAGCAAUGUUUUUACUGUAUCUUGGAACAUGUGACUAAA